AUGCACCGCCACCCCAGCAGCAGCAGCAGAGGCAGCAGCAGCAGCAGCAGCAGCAGCAGCGAGAGCGCAGCUCAUCGAAGCUGCAGCAGCGACAGCAGCAGAAGCGUCAGCCCGAGCGUAGGCGCAGCAGCAACUGCAGCACCAUGCUCAGACACUGCAGCAAGCAGCAGCAGCCUGCAUGACGGCAGCAGCACAGCAGCACCGGAGGCAGCAGAAGCAGCAGCAGCAGCAGCAGCAGCAGCAGCAGCGAGUAAGCCUGCUGACCUCUCUAGCGUUUCUGUCUGCAGAUCCGCCCUCAGCACUAACAGCAGCAGCAACCCGGGCAGCCCGCCGCAGCAGCUGAGAAGGCCUCCAGAAGCAGCAGCAGCAGCAGCAGCAGCAGCAGCACCGAGUGCACUGGAAGCAGCGGAGAUCGCUGCAGCAACUGCUGCUGCUGCUGCUGCUGCUGCUCCGGCCGAGACAGCGGACGGGGCAGGGACCACGCUGCAGGAGCCAACAGCAGCAGCAGCAGCAGCGACAGCUGCUGCUGCUGCUGAAGGUGCAGCAGCAGCAGCAGGUUCAGCCGAAGGUGCAGCAGCAGGGCCCGAAACAGCAGCACGAGGGAUUGGGGAAGCUUCUGCAGCAGAAGAAGCAGCAGCAGCAGAAUCAACAGCAGCAGAAGCAGCAGCAGGUGGCUCAACUUUGACAGUGGGAGACGCAACUGCAGCAGAUGCAGCAGCGGCAGAAGCAGCAGCAGCAGCAGCAGCAGCAGCAGAAGCAGCAAUAGAGUCUCUUGCUGCGCUGUUGGAUGGGCCAGUGCCGCAGCAGCAGCCGUCCCGCAGUGUUGCUGCUGCUAUUGCUGCUGUGCACACAGUGACACAAGAAGCAGAGCAGGCAGCCCUUGCUGCUGCUGCUGCUGCUGCUGCAGCAGCAGCAGCGCAGCAGACAGCAGAGCCAGUGCAGCAGGAACCAGCUAGUGCGGGGUGCACGCGAAGAGAUGCAGCAACAGCAGCAGCAGCUGCUGCUGCUGCAACUGCUGCUGCUGCUGUCGCCGACGCAGCUGCAGCAGACUUGUCCCACGAGCAGCAGCAGCAAGAUGAAGCACGCAGCUUAGGUGCGGUGGAGACUUCAAAUGCAGCAGCAGCUGCUGCAUUUGCUGCUGCUGCUGCGGCUGCUGCUGCUGCAGGCGCGGAGAAUUCCGGUCCGUCAGGUGGACCAAGUGCAGCAGCAGCAGAAGAUGCUGCUGCUGCUGCUGCUGCUGCUGCUGCUGCUGCACAUCCAGCAUAUUCAGUGGAGGCUGCAGUUCCUGCGCCGGGGCCUGAGUCUGCGUCGCCAGAAACAGCAGCAGCAGCAGCAGCAGCAGCUGCUGCUGCUGCUGCUGCUUCUGCUGCUGCUUCUGCUCCACCUCCCACAGCCACGCCCGCACCUCCGCUGCCAGCAGCGCCGCCGCCGGCGCUCGAAGAAGCAGCAGCAGCAGCGGGAGCAGCAGCAGAAGGGGAGACAAGGGAAGCAGAAGCAGCAGAAGCAGCAGCAGCAGAAGCAGCAGCAGCAGCAGCAGCAGUAGCAGCAGCAGCACCUGUGCUUGACGGGGCCCCGCCGUUUCGCUUUUUCUCUCAGGGCCUUGACCUCACUCACUUGCUUUCGGGCACUAGGCAGCAGCAGCAGCAGCAGCAGCAGCAGCAGCUGCAGCAGCAGGACGCCAGCCUGUCUCCUGCUGCUGCCGCUGCUUCUGCCGCUGCUGCAGAGGCUUCUGCCGCUGCUGCUGGGCCGCCGCUGGACGCCGCAGCCGCUCCGGCGCAGCAGCGCGGGCAGCAGCAGGCCGAACAGCAGCAGCAGCAGCAGCAGCAACAGCAGCAGCAGCAGCAGCAGCAGCAGCAGCAGGGCGAAAGCGACUUACUUGGUUCUGUCUGCACUUCAUCCACCGCAGAGGGUCUGUGCGACAGGGCCCCAGGGGCCCCCCCGGGGGCCCCCGCCUCUGCAGCGAGUGCCCCGGAGGGGCCCCCGGGGGGCCCCCCGAGGAGCAAAUGCUACACUUGGGAGCCGCUGCAGCACUUGGCGGGGCUGGAGCUGCUGCUGCAGCAGGCGCAGCAGCAGCUGGGAGUUGACUGCUUCCUGCCCUGGGGGCCCGAGGCGGAGCCGCCCCCGCAGCAGCAGCAGCAGCAGCAGCAGCAGCAGCAGCAAGCAGCAGCAGACGCCGUCCACGACGCUGCGCCUGCUGCUGCGGCCGCGGCUGCGGGGGGAGCGCGCAGCAGCAGCAGCAGCAGCAGCAGCAGCAGCAGCAGCAGCAGCAGCAGGGGAGGGGCGGAUCCCGCGAGUGGAAGCAAGGACUCUGGGCCAGAAAGCUCCACUGCUACUGCAGCAAGAAGCAGCAGCAGCAGCAGCAGCAGCAGCGGCGGCGUAGGCGCAGUAUUUGCAACGUCGGGAGCAGCGCACGCAGCAGCCAGCAGCAGCAGCAGCAGCAGCAGCAGCAGCAGCAGCAGCAGGGGAGCUCCCGCCCCCGUGCUGCAGAGCAUUAGUAGGUACCGCAGCAGAUUUGGGCGCGGGGAAUACAGAGUGACCUUCCGGGGAGUUGCUUCGGGGGGGCAGCAGUGGGUGCCGGAGCAGCAGCUGCUGCUGCUGCCAGCCAGCAGCGUGUCUGCUGCAGUGCAGCAGCAAGCUGCUGCUGCCAAGUCGCAGUGGCUCGAAAGGCUCAGGGAGAGUGCUGGGGUGGACAGCGAGUGCCACAAAAGCCUUAGUGGGGUUUUUGGACAGACACUCAAACAACAAGAGUCUCAGGUGUACGGACAGCAGCCGCGCGGGGCGCUGGUGACAGGUCCUGCUGCAGUUGCUGCUGCUGCUGCUGCUGCUGCUGCUGCAUGCUUUGUUUCUUCGGCAACUGCAGCAGACGAGCUGCUGCAGCAGCAGCUGGUGACAGGUCCUGCUGCAGUUGCUGCUGCUGCUGCUGCUGCUGCUGCAUGCUUUGUUUCUUCGGCAACUGCAGCAGACGAGCUGCUGCGGCAGCAGCAGCCACUGCAGCAGCAGCAGCACUGGGCGUUGCAAAAGCCGCAGCAGCAGCACCAGAUGCUCUAG